GAGAGGAGUUGAGAGGCUGUAAUUUUUUAUUUUAUUUUUGGUGGGAGCAGUGAUGUCAUUGGUUUAGGACAGAUAAUCCAAUACAGGGUGAAUCUCUGAGUGUAUUUAUAGACUAAGUAAUUGUCCUGUAGAAACAAUAAGAAAGAACGGGGAAGAAAACACACAGGUGGGGGUGCAAGUUAAAGAAAGAGGUCCGGUACAUGGAUGCAUUGAGUGGAAAGAGUUUGUGUAAAAGGAGCUGAGGGAGGAGGUAGAUAAGGAGCGCCUGCGGAAAGGUCCGGCAACACAGAGACGUUGGGGGAUGACAGUAAAUAUACUGGCAGUUCGACAGGCGGAUUAACAGAUUGGGAUCCUGAGAGAGGUUCUCCUUCCUUGUCCAAAUCCCGCUAAUGAAUUACAGGGCUUCCUUAGCGGCACAGAUGGCGAGAAGCAGCAGAGGAAUGUAAGAGAGACCAUUGAACUGUGACAUAUUUUUGGAAGAGAGAAUCUGCAGAAGAAAAUAAAGAUUGAGUUUUGAAUCCAAAUCAAAACACUUAAAUAAACUCCAAGAACUAGAGGGCAAAGUCCUACACAGAAUACGCUCGUAGUUUUUCUAUCAACAAAAGAAGAUGGGGAACACUAAGAGCAGUGCCAUGUCCAAGGAGAUCCUAGAGGACCUGAAGCUCAACACCAAGUUCACGGAGACAGAGCUAUGUCAGUGGUACGAUAACUUCCAAAAGCAAUGUCCGUCAGGCCGCAUCUCCCCUAGAGAGUUCGAGAAGAUCUACGAGCGCUUCUUCCCGGACAGCGAUGCUAAGACCUACGCUAAACACGUUUUCCGUUCCUUCGACACCAAUGAUGACGGCACGCUGGAUUUUAAGGAGUACAUCAUUGCCCUGCACCUCACCUCCUCAGGGAAAAUGGCACUCAAAUUAGAGUGGGCCUUCUCACUCUUCGAUGUCGACAAGAAUGGCUACAUCACCAAGUCAGAGGUGACUGAGAUCUGCCAGGCCAUUUUCAAGCUAAUCCCUAAGGAGGAGCAGGCCCAGCUACCGGAGGAUGAGAAUACCCCAGAGAAGCGCGCCAACAAGUUAUGGGGCUAUUUUAAUAAAGCCGAUAAUGAUAAGCUGGCAGAAGGCGAAUUCAUCAAAGGAGUAACGGAGAAUGAGGAUGCCCUCCGCCUCAUUCAGUACGAUCCCGUAAAGAAAUAAACCCCACCCCCAAGCUAUGAAUUUCAAAUUUCAACAUAAAGUUGUGUAGUGUGUAGUCCAGCAUCUUAACAUGUAGAAUCAUUGCUGACCCUCUGUUUCAUUCAUUUCUGGGAAUAACCUUGUAUAUUAUUCAUGCAUACUGACUGCUGAUUGGAAAAUGUGACAUACACAGCAAAGCCGUUUCAUGACACUGUUGGUGUUUCAAUGUUCUAUUAACAACAUCAGUCAUGGCACAACAUGAACAUCAUUUUUUAACCUUUUAGUAACUAACACCAGAUCCAGGCCACCAGUUAUCUAGCGAAACCAAUCCAUUUGUUUAGCUGGAGUUUUAAUAAGGACAUUGAUCUACCAUCAGCUUCAGGGCCAGUCAAUGACGGCCGCCAAUGGUGCGAGCUUCUCAGGAGGUGGCAACUUGCCAGUUUCAGUUAACGACUGCGGGGGGCAUGUUGGUGCCUCCUAAGAAGAUGCCACCCUGGCUACUGCUGUGCCUGUAUCCGCACUGGUAAUGAUAGGCACCGGUAAUGAUGCUCGCCUAGAGAACCACAGGAACCAGGACCAACACUGAUCACAUUUUAUGGUGUUGAAUGUCCUCGGCAACUCGAAAAAGUGCAAAUGUCAUGAGGGAUUUAGUUAUGUGCAUGGUAUAAAUAUCUGAUGUCUGACAAUAAGUGAGUAGUCUGAAACGAAAAUACAAAUGAUUUUUACAGCCGACAGAUAUUACAUAAUCAUUGCAUUUUCUGCCAUAUCUGUUAGUGGCAUCUGACUUUUUUGUAUUUGUGUUUGUUUUUAAACAUGUAUUACAUAUGAAAUAAAUAUUCUCCAAAAAAAACCUGCACAUAGUCUCAUGAGGGCGUAUAAAUUUAUAAGUAAUUGUGUUUAGGUCACACAUAAUCUCCACCUCUUUCUUAAUCUGCCUUUGAUCCUGUGGCAUCUGAAAUUAAGCAGUACAUUCAGACCCAUUUUGCUGGAUUUAACACACAAAAAGCAUGUUCUGUUUACUUUUGUGUUUUACAUACUAUAAGCAG